AUGGAUAGCUUAGAUCAAACUUUACUAACCUAUGUUCAGCAGCAAAAUUUAAAACCAUUAUCACCAUCAAAAAACUUAAACUUACCAAAAUAUGACAUCAAAACCUUAGAAUCAUCAUGUAUUACUUCAUUAAACGAAUCCUUAAAUAAAAUCGAAAUUAACAAUUUACAAUCAAUACAUAUUAAAUUACAAUUUUUGUACUCAAUUUACUCCAAAAAUUUUACAUAUUGGUUAGGAGUACUAAAAAAACACCAAUUAUUCAUCGUAAGGUUAUUCGAAUUGAAACAAAUAGACGUAAUUUCAGAUCAACUUGUCAGCUCAUAUUCACAAAUUUGUUACAGUUUAAAUAUUGAAUGUCAAACAAUUGAUAAAAAGACACUAAUCCAGGGCAUACCGUACAAAGCUUGUGACGAGCAAUUGGGUCAAAUAAUAAUAGCAUUUCAUUUUUAUACCUUGCAAUGGCUAGUACAAAAUUUGAUCAAACAAGAAAUAGAUAUUGAACUUUUAAAGUUAGUCCCGUCAUUAUUCUUAUCAACGGGUAACUUGAGACAGUGGAUUUUCAAAAAUGAUGGAAACAAAAAUAAGUACACGAACAAUUGCAUCAAAUUACUAAACGCAUUCAUCAAAAUAACUGAAAAGUUGGGCAUAGGGUAUGAGUUAGAAGUUUCAUGUUUGAAGAUUAAAUUAAUGGAAAUUACUGGAAAUAGUGAAAAGAUCGAGGAAAUAACUGUUUUAGCAGGGGUCGAACCUUUCCUUAAUGAUUCCAAAUCUAUUGAAAAUAUUCAUAUAUUAUCUCGCAAAUUACUCGAUACAACACCACAGCAAAAAGUUACAAAUCGACGGUCAAGCGAUUUCACUAUAACUUUCAACAAUAAAUCAAUUAUAAAUAAGGACUUUUUGAUCAAUUUGUCGAAAAUGGAGUUAACAGACGCUUCAACAAGUGGAAUUUUAAAAUUUUUUAUUGGCUCCAAAAACUCAAUCAAACAAUUAUCAUCACUUCAUCUAGAAAUCUUAGAUUCAAUUACCAAAUACUUUUCUCAACAUUUGGAAAAAGAUUCAUUUCACUCCUUGGAAAAACUAUAUGAGAUAUUCAAUCAUUUUAAACUUGAGAAAAAGUUGAAAAACUUAAGUACCCUAUUACUUCAGUUAGGGAAAAAGACCAACAAUGAAAUUAUUUUAGAUUUGUCAGUCACUCGGGAAUGUGAAAUAGUGAGGCAAUGGCCAAAUGAUGACAAUUUGGAAAGACUUAUACUGAAAUUAAACACAUUAAAUCACAUUGAUUCAAAACUUUUUUUGACUGUAUUACAAUCAUGUCCCGCAAAGAAAGCAGUGAUAGGUUGCAUUUAUAAACUCUGCCUAAAAUUCCCAAACCUUUUGCCAUGUUUCAAUCAGCUUGAGGAGCAUUCAAAAAUUUCAUACGUAUUGGGAUUAUUAACCUAUAAAGACGUCCUGGUCAAGAGACAUCAAAAAACUAUAUUUUACAAUUCAAUAAUGAGUAUUGUAAAGGAUGUCAACAACACUCGAGUUAUUCUUGCAUACUACAAUGUAAACAAUAUUGAUCAUGACGCUGAAAUUAGCAUUUUGGAACCCAAUUUCCUUAUAGCUUCUGGUUUAGAAUUAUAUAAAAUGUUAGGAUCAUCAAAUUGGAAUCAAGAUAUUUUAUUAAGGUGUGUCAAUGUUUUACAACAAUGCACAAAAUUUCAUAAUGAAACUGAGCAUGUCAUGGCGAGGCAAAUAAUCUUGGGUCUCAAAUACAAUGGAAUGACCAGUGAAUUAUAUCAUUUGAUUAACACUUUGAGAGAAAAUGAAUUCAACGACCCAUUCAAAUUAUUUUUGGAAUUUGAAAUGUGUCAUUGCAGCUAUAGAUUAUCGCUUCAUUCGGAUUGGAAUCAGUGUUUGGACAAUAUACAUGCAUUGAUGAAAAAUGCCAAGUCCUUGAGUCUUCAAAACGUACUUGACUAUAAACUUCAACGAAUAGCAUAUUUGUGCAAAAUUGAAAGCUAUGAUUUAGCUAUUCAAAAAUUUCAAGAAUUGACAUCUGUUGUCAAACUGAGACCAGAAUUUGAUAUGUCAGCUUCCAAGUCAUUACCACUCGUUGAUAAGAUGAAAAAUUAUAUUAUUUUAGCCAAGUUACAAAUUCUAGCAUCUCAUUUAAAUUCAAAUGACUUGGUUUUAUCUUUCUCAAACAUAAAGAAUGCUAUUCAAUCAUUACAAUCAAUUAUUCAUAACUGCCCCAAUAUUACAAAAAAAUUUGAUAAUGAUGAUAUUGUGUGGGAAUGUUGUCAUUUGUUAUUCGAGGCAUAUGAUUUGGCAAUCGAGAAGUUAAUUGAUUUAGGAUUGUCCAAGAAUAUCUAUGCGUUUUUGAAAGAGUGGAAAAAGUUAAACGAAACUCAUCAAAUACCAAUUGUGAACCAAAUUAAUUCUUACAAAAUCAGGAUUUAUGCUUCUUUGUUGAAUACAAAUAAAAUUUCAGAGACAAUUGUUGUGGAAUGUGAUCAAGUUUCGGAGAAUAAAACUGUUCAAUAUAUGAAACAAUUAUUAGAAUCAACCCAAACGAAAGACAUUCCUCAUUUUUAUCAGUUUGAUUCAGAAAAUAUCGUAGAAAGUCACUACGAAAUAAAGAAAUAUAAGUUUCUUCAAUUUUUUACGGUACCAAUUCAUGAUGAAAUAGUCAAGCUCGAACUUUCUUUGAAAAAAUGUACAAAAGAGUUGAGUAGCUUUGCAACUACGGUCACAUUUCCAAACUCGGUACAAGUUUUCCCAUCAGUUACAAGCGGUGAGAUAGUGUUGGACCAGAAUACAAUGAAUAAUUUUGUAAAACUUGGUAAAAUUAAAGAUCAGUUAUUGAAGAUGUCUCAAAGUUCAAAAAUGUCCAUCAUUCAGAGAAGAAAAUAUUAUUACUUGCUUUCCAAAACUCUUCACAUAAUAGCUUCAAUUAGUGCAUAUAAGGGGAAAGAUUUGAUUUAUCAACUAUUUUUCAUACAAGAUUUAGUUAAAUUUGAGCCAUUUCAAAAUAAUAGAGCUCUUUCAUCAAUAAACAAAAUAGGCCACAUUCCUGAACUUAGCAUCGAUCAUACCAAUGACUACUUGAAAAUUUACUCAACAUUUAAAGAUCAAUUAAACAAUCAGCUACCAUCAAAUUGGAAAAUUAUAACCAUCGAUAUUUGUGAGGAAACUGGUGACAUUUUAUUGUCAAAGUUCGAUAAUACCCCAACUUUAUUAAGACUUUCUUUGUCAAGGUUUGAAGAACGAGAGUCAAUAAAAGUAUCAAAUUUUGAAGAAUUAAAAUUAAAAUUCAAAACCAUAUUUGCAAAUAAUAGAAAAUCUACUCAAUAUUCAACCACUUCCUUAGUUAAAACAAGUGAAGAUAGAAAAGAAUGGUGGAGAAAAAGAUUUAAUUUGAAUUAUGAAUUACAAGAAUUAUGUGAACACGUUGAGAAUUAUUGGUUUGGUGGAUUUAAAUCAAUAUUCUCAACUUUAAAUGAUGAGAAUGAUUAUCAACUUUUCAGAAGUGAAUUGAUUCAAAUUUUACAAGCAAAUCUAUCGGUGAAAAUCAAUCUGACAAUCGCUUUGAACGAGCUUGUGUAUAAGUGUUUUUACGGCUUGGAACAGUAUGAUCGAGCACUUGUUGAUGAUUUGUUGAAUUAUCUCUUUGAAUUACUACAAUUUCAUCUUGAGAUUAAUAAGACAUUCAGUAUGGAAAAGAUCCAUCAAGCAUUACAAGAAUUAUAUGAAAAAUAUCCAAAUUUAAGAACAGAUGAUAACUCACACAUUAUAUUAAUUCCAAGUAGUCGUUGUUCAUUCUUUCCAUGGGAAUCACUAAAUUGUUUGAGAAAUAAAUCUGUCUCAAGAAUGCCAAGUAUAUCUAUGCUUCUAGAAACUUUAAAAAAUCCAACCAAGACAAUAGCAUCAAAUGUUUACUAUCUCGUCAAUCCUGGUGGUGAUUUACAAUCAAGUGAAAGUAGAUUUAGACCAUUUAUGGAAACACAGAAAAAUUGGAAAGGAAUAAUAGGAUCAAAACCUAAAGAAGUUGAAAUUGUCUCAAAUAUUUUAAAUUCUGAUUUAUUCAUUUACAUAGGACAUGGAGGUUGUGAACAAUAUAUAAAAAUCUCAGAUUUAAUAAAAGCAACAAAAAAUCAAAGCUUACCUCCUAGUUUCCUAAUAGGAUGUUCAUCUGGCGAAAUACAAGAUAAUGGGAAAUUUGAACCACUGGGUUUAGUUUUAAGUUGGUUGAAUUGUAAAUCCUCAGCUAUAUUAGUCAAUUUAUGGGACGUGACGGAUAAAGAUAUAGAUGCAUUUACAAUUUCGAUGUUUGAAAAAUGGGGAUUAUUUCCCAAGAACAAUCAAGAGAAUAAUGAACACUUAGCAAAUUCUAUUAGAAAAAGUAGGGAUGUUUGUGUUUUGAAAUACUUGAAUGGUGCCGCUCCAAUUAUUUAUGGAAUUCCCAUAUCAUUGAAUCAUUAA